ACCCUCCCCCCCGUAUCUGAGGAGUAGAAACAACAAGCCGCCAUUUUGUUUGUGCGGAGAGACGGAGAGAGGCAGGAGAGACCGAGAGAGAGAACGACUUCUACGCCGACUAUAGCGAUUCCGAAAGCCGCCGGACACGCAAGAGUGGCGGUGCCGUCUCGGAACAAUAAAAAAAAAUUCAAGAGACACAUCCGAACGGAGGAGGAAGCGGGAAAUAAAAGGCAAAUUCUCCGUUGAAUAUCCAAGGAAGGGUUUUUUACGGAGCGGAGAGGAGAGGCGGAAGAAGACGAUAUAUUAAACGAAGGAAAAACCUGCGAGGAAGAGAAGGAGAAAUUAAACCACCUAAUCGCAAAAAUAAUCGCUAAUUGACCAAUCGUCACGGGAGGAAAACGCCAUGAAAGACAAAAAAACGAGAAAGUGAGACAUUAAAGACCAGAAAAGAGGGAAGAGAAAAGGAAUUAAACUGAAGAAAGAAAAUAAAAAGGAUAAACGCGAAGGGGGGGACACACCAUCACAAAGACUUAAUGAAAGGAUUUUGAGGAGCCAGCUAUUUCGGGAGGUGUAUAUUUUUUGGAUCCGAAGCUUCCCACUUCUAAAAUAACCCAUAAUAUUGUAGCGACACCCCUCGCUUUAUCCGAUUUUCGCUCAUAGACAUAUUCUCUUGUUCUUGGUUUGAGGUUUUCUUUGCUAGCCUUUACCAGCUCCGGUCGUUAUACGCAGUGUAAGAUUAUUUCUUGCCAAAUUUGCCAAUCAGUCCACAUGCGCGAAGCACCAAUGGAUAAAUAUUAGUAUAAGACCGUAGUUUGUCGGUAUGAUGAGAAAGAAGCUACUCUUUUCAACAUACAGCAAGCCCUCGCAAUAGGAGACCCUCGCUGCAAAAUAAAACGGGCUAAUUGGAUCAAUUUUAAUGCCAAUUAACCAGUUAUCGAAAUAAUUUGGAGAAAUAAAUUUAUAGCAAGAAUCGAUCUGAUAGACUACGCAUCGCAAGCGGGACCGUACAGUAAAGGCAGCUUCGCUUUGCACGGGUUUGACAUUUUUUUCGCAAAUAUUUUUGAAAACCUGUCUUUGCAUACAGUUAUUAAUUCAGAGAGGGCGCAAGAUCCAAAUUUGUUCGAUGUUCGAAUAGAUGCACGAACAGUAUUGUCGAUCGAAGUAAUAUCCAGUAUAUCCGGAAUCUCCGAAGUCAUUUUAUAUGUCAGAUGCGCGAGGGAAUAAUUUGUUUAACUGUUUUCUGGGUAUGUUAGCUGUUAGCAUCGCAGCUAGCAUCACUAUUGUAUUAUGAACACGCAUUAGAAUUUUAUUUCCCCCUCUUACGGUGUGGUGAUAUUACAGUUUCUACAGUAUUGAAAUCGACAGUUUUUCAAAUUAGGGAUAUAUGUACUUUUAUCGAACGGUGGAUGCUGAAUGUUUAAGAACCAUCCUCGCAAGGUAUCGCCUAGUUGAUGUGGUUGGCAAAUUUAAGGUUCAAAAUCUGACGCCUGUCCCGUGCUUUUAUUUUUCAAUGAAUAAAUUUGACAUCGAAGUACUUUUUCUGCAUUUAAGCUCGCUGCCGUGCCUUCAGACAGCAGUUUUGGGGAACUGAACUGAAAAGUCGGCCGCUUUCCUGCGUAAGGUAGCCGACUGAUGAACGGGAAGGAAGCGUCGGACAGAAACUGGGUUUCUGAACUCCUGUUUUAAGAAUAAAUGCGAUAAUAAGACAUGAAAUAAGCAAUUAGUGAAAGGGAACCAGCUACUGCAUUAUUUUGGUGGUUGUUCCUCCCCUUGUGCGGACAUAUUUUCUCUUUUUUUCAAAAAAAAAAAAAAUCAUGCUUCUGCUGGGAUCAAGAUGUACUGACUGCAAUGGCAUCCCGGUCGAAAUCCACGGUUUGUCCGCCCUGGGACUCAUUCGUAUUGUUGUAUGAGGCGAAGCCCUCGAAGUAGCAGCCGGGGUUCGGUCGGGUCGCGGUCCUUCGCUCUCGUCUCGCCGCCUGCUGCCACGACUCCGCGGCACGGCUCGUUCGGAUUGAAAGCUCGGUGUGGCCGCCGACGAUGGCGGAGAAAGCGGACGCGGCCGCGGAGGACAGGUCCCGGGACAGCUUCGCCGUCGCAGAAGAGGCUACAUGAGUUAGUGCAGGGCCCGCCGGCUCAUCUCUCUCCACUCACCGACUCCACCUUCCCUCCUCCUCGACUUGCCGAAAUCUAUAAAGGAACAAGAAAGAAAAAAAAAUCGACAGCAGAGGGGGGAGGCUGAUACGCCGAGGCUGAAAUAGAGGGGAGCCCUGGAAAGAGGAGUGUAUUUAAAAUACAUAUACACAAGACGGCCCCCUCCGCAUCGGCCCGAAAAAGGAGGGGGGGGGGAAAGUCGCGGACGUUCGAUAAGAACGGACACUGGACGACGGAAAGGAGAAUAACGCGUUUUAUUUCUGGAUAACGAGCUUAUAUUUUUGAUUCGUGGAGAAAAAAAAUAUGGCCGAUAAUGGUCUGGACUCCGGCCCGCCUUCAGCCAAGAGGCCUAAACUCUCUUCGCCGGCACUGUCUGCCAGUGAUGGAAAUGAUUUCAGCUCACUGUUUGACCUGGAGCAUGACCUCCCAGACGAGCUCAUCAGCUCAGAGCUGGGCUUGCCCAAUGGCGGGGAUCUGGGCCAGCUGCACGCUGGCGUGGGCGGGGGUCCCCACGGGGUGCAGGACGCAGCAGCCAAGCACAAGCAGCUGUCGGAGCUCCUGCGCUCCAGCGGGCCGCCCGGACCUCCCUCUGGCCAGCAGGUGGCGGGGGCGAGCCCGGGAGGGGGUGCGAUGGGGCUCCAUAGUGGUAUGAACGCUUCCGCGGGACCGGCCGGCAUGGGCGGCCCACCUCAGCAGCCCUCCCCUCAGCAUGCGUCCAUGAUGCACCCAGCUGGGAUGGGCGGGCCCGGCAUGAUCAGAGGCAUGGCGGGAGCCCCCAAGGGGAAUGGGCAGCAGCAGGCGCCCACGUCGCAGCAGCAAGGCAUGAUGGGUGGACAGGUCAUGAACGGAUCCCCCAGGAUGGGCUACCCAAACAUGACUCUGGGGAACAACAUGCUGCCCGACUCUUUACAGCAGCUGCAGGGUGUCCAGCAGCUGGGUGCGGCAGCGCAGGCUGGACUGAGGGGGCAGCAGCCAGGAGCAGUGAACAAGAUGGGCAUGAUGGGUAAUCCAGGCCCCUAUGGCAGCCCUUACGGUCAGCCGGCGGGCCAAGGUCUCGGUGGCACCGGACUGGGCCCGCAGCUCCAGAACAAGACCGGUUUGCCCAGCAACCUGGGCCAGUUUAACCUGGAUAAGAAGACUCCGCCGAUGCAGGGCAUGGCUGGCAUGGCCUCCCAGCAGCCGCCAGCAGGGGUGGCAGGACCCGUAGCAGGAACGGCGGCAGCAGCCGGCAUGAUGUCCGGCGCACCGGGUGGCCUCGGUACCGUGGCGACGCCCCCUGGCCCUGCGGGGGCCCCGCCGCCCCCCACGGCCGACCCGGAGAAGCGCAAACUGAUCCAGCAGCAGCUGGUUCUCCUGCUGCACGCCCACAAGUGCCAGCGGCGUGAGCAGGCCAACGGGGAGGUGCGGCCGUGCUCCCUGCCCCACUGCCGCACCAUGAAGAACGUGCUGAACCACAUGACCCACUGCCAGGCCGGCAAGUCCUGCCAGGUAGCGCACUGCGCCUCGUCAAGACAGAUCAUCUCGCACUGGAAGAACUGCACGCGUCACGACUGCCCAGUUUGCCUGCCGCUGAAGAACGCCGGGGACAAGAGGAACCAGCAGACGCUGCUGGGCUCCGCUGGAGUGGGCUUGGGAAGCGCCCUGGGGACCGUGCCAGGAGGCCAGCCUAGCUCACCCAGCCUGAACCCGCCCAGCCAGAUCGACCCCAGCUCCAUAGAGAGGGCUUAUGCCGCCUUGGGCCUCACCUACCAGGGUGCCCAGAUGCCCGCUCAGGCUCCCCAGACACAGCUGCCCGCUCAGGGCCUGCAGGGGCAGCCGGGGAUGCGACCCCUGGGGAGUAUGGCAGGAGGGAGCCCCAUGGGUGUCAAUGGAGGCGUCGGGGUCCAGUCGGCCAAUCAGCAGUCCAGCCUGCUGCAGGACUCCAUGCUGCACGGUGGCAUGAACGCGCAGAGUCUAAUGAACGACACUGCCGGGGUGGGUGUCUUGGGCUCCAUGCCCACAGCGGCUCCCCCGUCCGCGUCGGGCAUGAGGAAGAACUGGCAUGAGGACAUCACGCAGGACCUGCGCAACCACCUGGUGCACAAACUGGUGCAGGCCAUCUUCCCCACGCCCGACCCAGCUGCCCUCAAGGACCGGCGGAUGGAGAACCUGGUGGCCUACGCCCGCAAGGUGGAGGGUGACAUGUACGAGUCGGCCAACAGCAGGGCUGAGUACUACCAUCUCCUGGCGGAGAAGAUCUACAAGAUCCAGAAGGAGCUGGAAGAGAAGCGGCGAACCCGGCUGCAGAAGCAAGGCAUGUUGCCCACGCAGCCUGGCAUGCCGCCUUCCGGCCUGGGCCAGGGUCCCCCCGGAAUGGGGCAUCCCCCUAUGCCUCCCGGACAGCCGCCCAACGGACCUCAUUCUGAUCCCUCUCUUGUCCGGCCCCCGGUGCCCAACCAGAUGAACCGGAUGCAGAACCCUUCAGGUAUGGGCCAGUUCAGUCAGAUGGGAAUGCAGUCCAUGGGCCAGAGGUCCACGCCGCCCCUGCAGAUGGGCGUCCCCGUUGGCCAGGUGGGUAUGGGAACCCCAAGAAUGGGCCAGCCAAAUGUGAACCAGCUCCAGAACCAGUACCUGCCCCCCAAUCAGUGUCCCGGAUCAGGACCUGGGCUCGGGCCCGGCUCAGUUGGCAUGGCACAGCAGUCUCAGAUGGCCACACCCCCACCGCUUCCUGUAAGCAGUCCACUCCCCCAGACAGGACCAGUGGGGGGUGGGGCCCUCGUGGGGCCCAUGGGACCUGGCGGCCUUGGUGGAGGCCCUCCCCCCGGCCUGCCUCCCCCCUCAGCCCAAGCCAGCAGCUCUCACCCGCACUGCCCCCCCCAGCUGCGGCAGAACUCGCCGUCCCCUGCCCGUAGCCUAACUCCCACCCCCCACCACACUCCGCCGGCGCUGGCGAGCUCCCAGACGCCCCAGCCGCAGUUGGCUCAGGCCAUGGGCCCAGGGAUGGGCUCGGACAAACCCGCUCAAUCGCUGCAGCAGCAGCAGCAGCAGCAGCAGCAGCAGCAGAUGGCAGGAGGUGCCCCCGGUGUGCCCCAGCCGGGGCUGACUUCUUCAGUGUCCACCCCGACUGCCCCCCUGCCGCCCCAAAUGCCACGCACUCCGCUGUCCCAAAGAUCAUCCCUGACUGCGGACGGCCAGGUCUCCACGCCUGCAUCUGUUAGUAGCGCCGACGCCGGCUCUCAGCACGCCCCGCCUGACCCCAAGAUGGAGAUCAAGCAGAACGACGAGGAGGAUGAGGACGAGGCCUCGGACGGGAAAUCCUCGGGGAAGAUGGCCGCGAUGCACGCCGACAUGAAGGCCGAGGAGAAGCUUGAUCUUAAAAAGGAAGAAGCGGCAGGUGAUCGGUGCAAAGUGGAGCCCAUGGAGACUGUGCUGGGGCCGGGACUUGAGGACAGGAAGCCAGAUGUGAAAGUGGAGCCUAAAGAGGAAGAGGAGGGGUCAGGUUCGGCCGGCCCUCUGAGCUCUCCGUCUAGCGCUCAGAGCAAGAGAAAAAUCUUCAAGCCAGAGGAACUGCGCCAGGCUCUCAUGCCCACCCUGGAGGCGCUGUACCGGCAGGAUCCUGAGUCGCUGCCCUUCCGACAGCCGGUGGACCCCCAGUUACUGGGAAUACCCGACUACUUUGACAUUGUGAAGAACCCAAUGGACCUGUCCACCAUUAAGCGUAAGCUGGACACGGGUCAGUACCAGGAGCCCUGGCAGUACGUGGACGACAUCUGGCUCAUGUUCAACAACGCCUGGCUCUACAACCGCAAGACCUCGCGCGUCUACAAGUACUGCUCCAAGCUGGCUGAGGUCUUCGAGCAAGAGAUCGACCCGGUCAUGCAGAGUCUGGGCUACUGCUGUGGCAGGAAGCUGGAGUUCUCCCCCCAGACCCUGUGUUGCUACGGCAAACAGCUGUGCACCAUUCCCCGUGAUGCUGCGUACUUCAGCUACCAGAACAGGUACCACUUCUGUGAGAAGUGUUUCAACGAAAUCCAGGGCGAGAGCGUGUCCCUGGGGGACGACCCCUCUCAGCCACAGACAUCCAUCAACAAAGAGCAGUUUGAGAGGAAGAAGAACGACACGCUGGACCCUGAGCUGCUUGUUGAGUGCAUCGACUGCGGUCGCAAAAUGCACCAGAUCUGCGUCCUUCAUAACGAGACCAUUUGGCCAACGGGCUUCGUGUGUGAUAGAUGCCUGAAGAAGUCCAAUAAAACACGCAAGGAGAACAAGUAUGCAGCUAAAAGGCUGCCACAUACGAAGCUCGGAAACUUCCUGGAAACGCGUGUCAACGAGUACCUCAGGAGGCAGAACCAUCCGGAAUCAGGCGAGGUCACCAUCCGCGUGGUCCACGUGUCCGACAAGGUGGUGGAAGUCAAACCGGGCAUGAAGGCCAGGUUCGUGGACAGUGGCGAGAUGGCAGAGUCAUUCCCUUACAGAACCAAGGCGCUGUUUGCCUUUGAGGACAUCGACGGCGCCGACGUCUGCUUCUUCGGCAUGCACGUGCAGGAGUACGGGUCCGACUGCCCGCCGCCCAACCAGAGGCGCGUGUACAUCUCCUACCUGGACAGUGUACACUUCUUCCAGCCACGACACCUACGCACAGGCGUCUACCACGAGAUCCUCAUCGGGUACCUGGAGUACGUCAAGAAGCUGGGGUUCACAACUGGGCACAUCUGGGCCUGUCCUCCCAGUGAGGGGGAUGAUUACAUCUUCCACUGCCACCCAAUGGACCAGAAGAUCCCCAAGCCUAAGCGUCUGCAGGAGUGGUACAAGAAGAUGCUGGACAAGGCCGUGUCUGAGCGCAUCGUGCAUGACUACAAGGACAUCUUCAAGCAAGCCACAGAAGAUCGUUUAACCAGUGCCAAGGAGCUGCCCUACUUUGAGGGUGACUUCUGGCCUAACGUGCUGGAGGAGAGCAUCAAGGAGCUGGAGCAGGAAGAGGAGGAGCGGAAGAGGGAGGAAAACAGCACCUCCAGCGAGAGCAUCGAUGCUACCAAGGGCGACAGCAAAAACGCCAAGAAAAAGAACAGUAAGAAGACGAGCAAGAACAAGAGCAGCCUGAGCCGAGCCAACAAGAAGAAGCCGGGGAUGCCCAACGUGUCCAACGACCUGUCGCAGAAGCUCUACGCCACCAUGGAGAAGCACAAGGAGGUGUUCUUCGUGAUUCGUCUGAUUGCUGGGCCCGCCGCAAACUCCCUGCCGCUCAUCGUGGAGCCGGACCCGCUGAUGGCGUGCGACCUGAUGGACGGCCGCGACGCAUUCCUGACGCUGGCGCGCGACAAGCACCUGGAGUUCUCCUCGCUGCGACGUUCCAAGUGGAGCACCAUGUGCAUGCUGGUGGAGCUGCACAACCAGAGCCAGGACCGCUUCGUCUACACCUGCAACGAGUGCAAGCACCACGUGGAGACGCGCUUCCACUGCACCGUCUGCGAGGACUAUGACCUGUGCAUCAACUGCUAUAAUAACAAGGGCCACGAGCACAAGAUGGAGAAGCUGGGCCUGGGCCUGGAUGACGAGAGCAACAGCCAGGCUGCAGCAGCCACGCAGAGCCCCGGCGACUCACGGCGCCUCAGCAUCCAGCGCUGCAUCCAGUCGCUGGUGCACGCUUGCCAGUGCCGUAACGCCAACUGCUCGCUACCAUCCUGCCAGAAGAUGAAGCGCGUGGUGCAGCACACCAAGGGCUGCAAGCGCAAGACCAACGGCGGCUGCCCCAUCUGCAAGCAGCUGAUCGCGCUCUGCUGCUACCACGCCAAGCACUGCCAGGAAAACAAGUGCCCCGUGCCCUUCUGCCUCAACAUCAAGCAAAAGCUGCGCCAGCAGCAGAUCCAACACCGGCUGCAACAGGCGCAGAUGCUGCGCCGGCGCAUGGCCAGCAUGCAGCGCACCGGCCAGCCCACAGGGGGCAGCGGAGCAGGAGGUCUGCCUUCCCCGGGGAACAGCAACUGCACCACCGCGCCUAGCACCCCCACGUCAGUUGGGGCUCAGCCUCCGACGCCACAGACACCCACCCAACCCAGUGUGCCGUCUGUGCCCCCGCCGGGGGUGGGUGGGGGCGGCCCCCAACCGCACCACCUGCAACAGAUGCCCGCUGGCGGCUUGAUGAACUCGCCGCAGCAGCAGCAGCAGCAGAUGAUGCCCCAGGUGCCGCCACCACAGCAGCCGCAGCCUCCCCAGGCCCAGCAGCUCCAGCACGCUAACAGCCUGCCACCCUAUGUGCCCCGCCAUCCAUUCUCCUCCCCACAGUCCCAGGGAAAGCCGGGGCUGGGUCCGGCCACUCCACCCCAGCAGCAGCAACAGCCGCAGCCCCUGCAGCCCAACCCUGGGCAGCCACCCAUGGCCCCGCAGCAGCAGCCGCCGCCACCUUCGUCGGGGCCCCCCCCAGCGGCUGUCGAGAUCGCCAUGAAAAUCCAACGAGUAGCUGAGACCCAGCGCAAGAUGGCCCAGGCACAGAUCCUGAAGAGACAGGCGCCCAACAUGAUGCCUCCUCACCCCCACCACCAGCCCCCACAGCCCCAGGCCCCCAUAGGCAUGGGCCACCCCGGCGCCGGCAUGGUUGGGGCGCCCGGUCUGUCCCCGCAGGCUGCCAGGGCCCACAUGGAGCAGCAGCAGACCCCCCAGCAAGGCAUGAUGGUGGGCAUGCAGCAGCCUCUGCCGCAGGGUAACCCUCAGAAUCAGCUCCCGCCGCAAAUGCCACUCCCACAACAAGGUGCCCCCCAGCUCCAGCCGCCCCAGCAGCAACCGCAGCAGCAGGCUUGGGGCAACCCAUCCAUGCAGAUCCAGCCGAGGUCUGGCAUGAUGGGCCAGGCUGGUCACCCAGCCAUGAUGGUGGCCCAGCAGCAGCAGCCAGGCCAGGGGCCCGUGAUGGGUGUCCCGGCCGGAGCCGGUGGGUUGGCGGGUGGCGGUAGCCUCCCACAGGCUGCCCUGCAGGAGCUACUGCGUGCCCUUCGCUCGCCCAGUUCGCCGCUGCAGCAGCAGCAAGUGCUGGAGAUCCUGCGUGCCAACCCGCAACUCAUGGCUGCCUUCAUCAAGCAGCGUGCUUCCCGCUAUAAGGGCGGGGCCCCGGGAGGGGGGGGUGGCAUUGCUCCCGGCCCAGGAGCCAUGGGUCCCUCUGCCGUCAACGUGAAUGCCGGUGCUGUGGCCGCAGGUAUGCACAUGGGCCAAGGAAUGGGCAUGCCCCCUAUGGGUCCGCUGCAGCAACAGCCGCAGCCACAGCAACAGCAGCAGCAAGCUGGCCUGCAGGGCCAAGCUGCCAAUAUGACCCCCCAGUUCAGAGAGCUGCUGAUGCGGAGGCAGCUCCAGCAACAACAACAGCAGCAGCAGCAGCAGCAGCAGAUGGGCGCCCACGGCCAAUUCCAGCAGCCGCAGCCGCCCCAGCAGCAGGCCUACCUGGGCCAGCAGCCCGGCCAGCCUCAGCCCGCGGGGCCGCAGCCCGGCCAGCCGCAGCAGGCCUACCCGGGCCCUGCGCUCCAGCAGCGGCUCCAGUCACAUCAGCACCACCUGCAGAUGCAGCAGCAGCAGAACGCAAUGUUGCAGGGGGGAGACGGUGGGGGCGGAGGCCCCCCCCUCCAGCAGCCACAGCAGCCCCCGCCCCCUCAGGGCGGCCCCCAGGCCGCGUCCUCCCAGCCCAUGUCCAUGCUUCCGCAGGUCCUGCACCAGCGGCUCAUGCAACAGCAGCAGCAACACUUGGGCGGCGGUUCCCCGGCCCAGCACGGCAGCCCCAUGAGCCCCCAGCAGAACCCCAUGUCGCAGUCGCCCCACCCGCACCUGCAGGGGGCGCCCCUAACGGCUGCCGCCUCGCUGAGCAGCCAGGUGCGCUCGCCCCAGCUGUCGCCGCGGCCGCAGUCGCAGCCGCCGCGCUCCAGCCCCUCGCCCCGCAUGCAACCCCAGCCCUCCCCCCACCACAUCUCCCCCCAGACCCAGACAGGCUCCCCGCAUCAGGGCCACCUGCCCCAGCACCACCCAGCCAUGGGAGUCCCCCAGCCCCUGGCCCAGCAGCAACAGCAGCAAGGCCCCAUGGACCCAGGGCCGUUCGGCAGCGAUCCGAACGCCAUGCUGUCUCAGCUUAGCAGCAUGGGGGCGCUACACGGACCCGGGGCCACAGAGCUAAUGGGCGGCAACAGUCAGGACGUUAAUCACAGUACCUUAGACAUGAUGUAGCAUCGCAAGUGCAUCACAAACCGGGGGCAGUGUUAGGAUUUUUAUCAUUAUUAUUGUUAUUAUUAUUAUUAACAUUAUUUAAUAUUUUUCCAGUACAAUAAAAAUGAACUGAACUUCCUAUGGGAGACUCUACAAUAAGGCAAUGAAUGAAUAAAAAUUUAAUGAAUGGUAAGUUAUUGCUGUUAAUAUAUAUAUUUUUUUUUGCUAAUUGUGUACAAAAUGGGGGAUAAUUUUGUCUGUCUCCUGCAGAGAAUAAGACACAGGUAAUAUUUUUUGGGGUGGGGAGGGAGAAUUUGCCUUUUUAAAGAAAUAUUUUUAAGAUUUUAAAAGUGGUGGAGAAUUAAUGAACAAAAUGGUUUAAUGCAAGGACUUUUUUUAUUGUAAAUUUUCCUCCAUAAAUCAGUCUCUGUUUUCGGUUUUGCAGAGUGAUGUGGGAUUAUUAUUAUUAUUAUUAUUAUUAUUAUUAUUAAUCAAUCCAAACAUUGCAGCAUAUCUUCCUUUAAAGUUUGGGUUUGUUUUAUUUAUUUUUGUUUUUUUUUGACGGUUUAAUGGUAUGUGUACUUUGAGACUGCUACAUUGAGAGUAUAUUUUUGUUAACUGUCUGAAUGGAUUAUCAUUCUUUUCCUCUUUUGGGGUGGGGAUUUUUUUAUGUUGGUUGGAGGUUAAGGUUUGGUUCACGGUGUAAGCGGCCAAUUUUUUUUGGUUUUGGUUUUUAUUUCGUUUUCUGUUCUUUCAUGCCGUAUCGGACAGGCCGAGCCAUUAGACAUCAGUGUUCUGCUGGGGCGCCCCCCCCCCCAUCCACCCCCCACCCAUGACUGUGGGUCAGCUCCCUGCAUUGAGACACAUUUAUCAGAAGUGGUGGGGGUACAGAAGAAGCAUUUACUGUACCUGUGUGUGGGGUAGGUUAUGAUGGGAGGUAGUGGGGGAUUUGUUCAUGGGGUGGGGAGGGCGGUCAAUCUGGAGACCUUUAAAUUCUGCCAGGAGGAUUUUCAGUGAGGGGGAGUGUACUAGAAGGCGAAGCUUCUGCCUUCCAUGGACUGUACUGAAGAAAAAGGAGGAGGAACCAGGAGGUGCAGGAGGAACCAGGAGGUGCAGGAGGAGGAAAAGGGACAUGUCAGACUAACCCUUUCUCCUCGGCGUCAGACCCUUGCUGCUCCCUCUGGGCUGAGACCCUAUGCACUCCAAAAACGCUGACGCUCCACAGCGCCCCCUCAGGAGGUCAUGGCCUGCCUGCCUGCCUUCCCUACAGCCCCCUCUUUGUGCUCAGAACUUUGGGAUUUUAAUUUAAUAUUUUUUACUGUACAAAGUAAAACUGUGGACUUAAGUACUUUUUUUAAAUAAAAUUGAAAGUUAAAAAAAAA